UCUCUACAUAUGGCGAAAAAGGUACAUAACCUGAAAAUGCAUCGAUAAAAAGUAAACAAUGUGGUAAUUGCGCUCAGUGUCAAAGUAAAGGUGGAAUAAAGUGGAGAUUUUCCGAACAAGAUGACGACACUUUCGCCAUUUACGCCUCCUAUCGUGAAAACUCUGCUAGGAUGGAAGAAGGGGGACAGCUCCGAAGUUGAUAAGUGGUCGGAGAAAGCUGUGAAAAGUUUAGUGAAAAAAUUAAAAAAGACUGGCGGACUUGACGAGCUGAAAAAAGCCAUCAGCACCCAGGAUACAUCUACAAAGUGCAUUACGAUUCCCAGUUCGGAUUUCAGGUCCCUGGAUGGCCGGCUACAAGUGUCCCACAGAAAAGGUUUACCCCACGUGAUCUACUGCCGCCUGUGGCGAUGGCCGGACCUCCAGAACCACCAGGAACUGCGGGCCAUAGAAUCCUGUGAGUGGGCCUUCCACAUGAAGAGAGAGGAGGUGUGUGUCAACCCCUACCACUACACGCGGAUCGAACCCCCAGUUCUGCCCCCUGUGCUAGUUCCCCGCCACACAGAGGUACCAGAUAAGAUGCCACAGAUUGAAAAUUAUGCCAUGACAGUUCCUGAGAAUACAGAGUUUCCUUCAGGAAACAAUGAGAUUUUCAAUCUCCCAGAGACCCCUCCCCCGGGCUACAUCAGUGAGGAUGGUGACACCACGGACAACCAAGGCAUGGAUGGAGUAGAUGUCCAUUCCCCGAGCCCCCCAAUUGAUGCUGAGCCAGUUUCCUAUAUCGAUCCUCCAUACUGGUGCUCCAUUGCAUACUAUGAAUUGAAUAAUCGCGUGGGGGAGACUUUUCACGCCUCUCAGCCCUCGCUAACUGUGGAUGGAUUUACUGAUCCCUCCAACUCGGAACGCUUCUGUCUGGGCCUACUGUCCAACAUCAACAGAACUCAGCAAGUGGAGAUGACACGCCGCCACAUAGGUAAAGGUGUGCGUCUGUACUACAUUGGAGGCGAGGUUUUUGCGGAAUGCCUCAGUGAGAGCGCGGUGUUUGUACAGAGCCCGAACUGUAAUCAGCGUUACGGAUGGCACCCGGCAACAGUCUGCAAAAUACCUCCAGGUUGUAAUCUGAAGAUUUUUAAUAACCAGGAGUUUGCUGCGUUGCUUGCCCAGUCCGUCAAUCAGGGCUUUGAGUCUGUGUACCAGCUGACCAGGAUGUGCACCAUUCGUAUGAGUUUUGUCAAGGGUUGGGGAGCGGAGUAUAGGAGACAGACUGUGACCAGUACGCCCUGCUGGAUUGAAAUUCACCUGAACGGUCCACUACAAUGGCUGGACCGAGUUCUGGUCCAGAUGGGGUCACCAGGGUUACCCUGCUCCAGUAUGUCUUAAGGCCGUACACCCUAGGGAAAGGGUCAAUCAUAGGGAGGUGUCAUUAAGCUGCCUAUGUUGCACAACUUUCUCUUUUGAUAUCAAAAUCUAAUUUUUUUGGGCCCCUCAGAAAAGAAAUUCUUCUUGAAGAGGAAAAGGAGAUUGUCAUCAACCCAGAGUUAAACAGAUCGAAAUGCUGUUAAAAGAUGCAGUUAGUUGAUAAAAUAAUGUACAAAUUUAUUGUCAAAAGGUUGUAUCACAUAUUGAUGACAAGUAUUGUAACAGUUCAGUGAUUUAUCAACCCCCUCCCUGUUUUUAUAUAAACUGUAGUCAGUAAAAAUCGCUAGGAUUAUAUGCAAUAAGUUCCUCUGCUGCCAGAUUUUAUUGUAUUCAAAAGCAUUAUACCACUGUAUAAUUCAGUAUCACUGUAAACAAA